UUUAGUUAAAAACGGGAAUCGAUGAAAACGGUUGGAUUUAUAUUCAUCUGUUUAAUAAAUGUGAAAACCUAAUAAUAUAUAAAAAAAAUGUAAAGGUGUUAACUAUUAAAUGAAAAAAAUAUAGAAAACGUCGGAUAAAAUCAUAUUUAAAUACCCAAAAUCAUUACCAUUGAUUCGGAAAAAAGUGCAAUCACGCAAGCUUUUAAACACUAUAUCUCAUCGUCCGCGUUCGAAAAAUCAAUAUAUCUGGUUCUCAAAACUGCAUGAACAAUGAAAUAAAAUAAGAAAGUAGUACUUAAAAACACUACAGUUGCAAGAAAAAUAUCUACAUCCUGAUUGGAAUACACAAAUAGCAUCUUCAAAGAUUUUUAGGUCAACAUACUGUCGUGUUACUAAUUUCGCACGAAAAAUCAAUAACAAAAUUCAACAUAACCUCGUCAGCUUAUGAAUAGCUGGAAGUUUUGAAAUGUUUUGGGUGGACAUUCAGUGUUAAAAUUGGUUAACGAUAAAAAGACUACGAGCUCUAUAAGCACGUCCGAAAAAAACUACUGCUGUCUUUUAAUAAAAUACUGCAUUAUACAUUUUUUCAAAGACUAUAUUGUAUUCCUCAGUAGUAGUCAAAAUGAUCGGACGUGUUGGCAGUUCUUCACCUUCAUCAUCAGUAAUAUGUGAGGAAGUCUUUGAUGACGGAUAUCAGCCAUCUUUUGAAGAAAUAAAUGACUAUGCGACGAAACUUGGCAUUGAUCCAAUAAAGGAACCUCAUUUGCUCUACUUGGCGAGGGAAGGUUUAAUGCAGGCCUUACCAUCAAAUUGGAAAAUUUGCUACUCCGAAGAACAGGACGCCCACUACUAUUACAAUAUCAAGACCAAAAACUCUCAAUGGGAUCAUCCUUUGGAUGCUGAAUAUCGUGAACUGGCGGAACAAGCCAGACAAAAGCAAUUUUCAUCAGCAAUAACUCCAGUGAUUGAUAACUCUGACGAUGCUUCACAAUUGGAUUCAGGUAUUCGUAGUCUUCAAGGUAACGAAGACAUGGAUUCAAACAAUACAAACGAUAUUUCUUCGCCAGUAAAUAACAGCGCUAAAUGUAGUUCAUCUAACGGCACUUUAAGUUUCACAGGAACUAGUGGAUUUAGUGGUGGGGUUAAUCGUUUUUUAGAAUCUCGAACUAAAUGUUUUCCUGUAGCAUCGAACUUUCCAACCAUAAAGAUGUCGCGGUUCGAGGUAACAAAGACAAAUCCACAGAUUGGGCUAUCUAUGAAAUUUAACAAUAUUGAUUUACAACAGAGCAUAGAGCAUUACCCUUCGACUCCGAAUGGGGAAGGACCAGAAGUUAAGAAAGGAUUUACCAUAUCCGGCACAGGUGCUAUGUUUUUAAAAUCAAAUUUAAGACAAAAUAUGGAUUUGCAAAACUUGGGUGAUUCAAAAGAAAAAAAUAGUGCUUUAGGGUUAUUUGCUGAUAUAGUUAAUACUGGAGUUAAAGGCAUACUAAGAGACUCAAGUCUCACGGACAUGCGGCGAAAAGGUGAUAGUUUAGAAAAUGAUUUUGGAGAGGAUAAAAAAAGUGUUCGUUUUAAUCUUGAAGAUAUGAAAUCUAAAUCCAAUUUGUCUCCGGAAGAAGAUCCUAGCAGCUCCAAAAGGCUUACUCAGAGUCCUGAAGUGUCAGUUAUCUCAGAUGAUGAAUAUAAUUGGGAAAACAAUGAUGAAAAUGAAGAAGAUUUUGAUGAAGUUCGGAAGCACGUUAAAGAUGUAAAUGUUACUUCAGUUUCAAAGUCACCAAUAGUGCCAAUGUUAAAAACUCAGAGUUUGUCCUUGGAUUUAAUCGAUAAAGAAAGGAGCCGUUUAAGUGAUGCGACUCGCUCUUUGAGUGCUGAAAGCCAACCAUCUUCAACUGUGUCUUAUUUGGAUAAGUUAAAAGAAACCACACUUGUAAAACCACUAUACGAAGACACAGAUUCAGACUCAAAAGCUAGUUCAGUACGAAGCUUUGUCAAUAAGUCAGAACAAGAACUUGAAAGUAUUCCAUUUGACCUUGAUGAGCUUGAUAAAAAAAAUGAACGUGAUGUUGAAAAAUUAGAACAUAAAAUGAAAGAGGCAGUUAUUCAGAAGAUAACACAAUUUCCUAUUAUAUCUGAAAUCGAUUCCAGUCUUGUAAAUGUGUCUAAGCAAAUUGACAAAGAAGUUGAAAGUGAAAUUCAGAAAUAUCGUCAGCAAAGAGAGGCAGAUAUGACGGAAAUACUUCGAAAAGAAAAAGAACGCUUGGACGCAAAACUUGAACAAGAUAUUGAAGGUAUAAAAAAAGAUCACGAGUCAAAGUUAAAGAGCCUUCGACACGAACACGAUUUGAGACUGACAUCAGUACGGCAUCAGUUAGAAGAAGACUCUGAUAAACAAUUUGAAGAUUAUCGAUCCAAAAUGGAAGAAGAUUUGGCAGCUAAACGAAAAGCAGUAGUUGAUGAACAUAAGUUACACAUGAGCACACUUCAACAAAAUCAUUUAGAAAUUCUUCAAGAUCUUGAAAGAGACUUGAAGAGUGAAGAGGAAAUUUUAAAGAAGGAAUAUUCCACUAAGCUUUCAGAAAUGCAUGAUAAAUUGACCCAUGAAAUAGAAACAGAAAGACAACGAAUGCGUGAUACUGGCGAAGACCGCCUCUAUGAAAAAGUUCGUUGUGAAAAACGUUUGCUCGAAGACAAAUACCGUUGUUUGAAGGAAAAAUAUGUGAGACUGAAAACAGAUGUUAAGUUAUCGUUAGAACGUCGUAAUCGUCGACGUGAACAGCAAGCAGCCCUCAAUCAACAAAGUAUUAACAAUACAACUACAGGUUCAGAAACCGAGCGAUCUUUAUCUAAUAAGCCUUCAAUUGGAAACAGUGAGAACCGUAGUCUAUCAAUAUCGGCUUGUGGUGUAAAGCCACCCGUACCUCCUAAAACUCAUCUUCAAAAUGUAAGAGAACAUCCCUUACGGGAAAAUUCAGCAGAACGUCAACAAACUCGAAAACCUGGAAUUACCUCAAAGUAUAUUAAGCAUCUACAGAUUCAUGAUGACACUACAUCCAUAAGCCAAUCUGAUACAACUAUUUCUAACAACUAUCCAAAAGGUCGGUAUCUACCAGCCCCUAUUAUGAGUGACAACGGUAAUUCGGAUUCGGAAGCGCUUCAAAUCAACCAGGAGAAUAAUAAUAACACACGUGGAGCUGGUAAUCAGCGAAGGAAACUCUUCUCUCGCAUGAAGUCUGCUUCAACUUCACGACUCAACUCAGAUAAUUUUAAAGGAGAUAGGCCAUGUACACCAGUGGAAAAUUUACGUCAUCAGCUUCAAAAAUUAGAAGAUCUUGAAGAUCAAUUUCCUGAAAACACUUUAGACGCGACUUAUCACCUUCGCUAUCCAUUCUCAGAUGUUUCUAAUGAACAUGCUGGAACAACCUCAGCUGAACUGGAAUUUUUUAAGCACCGUAUUCACAUGGAACGAGACUCGGUACGUCGUGCCAAGGAAUCUCUUCGCACUCAAAGAACAAAUUUCAGGGCUCGUCAGAGGGAAAUUAAACAGCACCAUAAAACCAACGCUACAAGACAUUCGCUUGACCAGUUGAUUCAGGAGGAAAAGGAAUUAACUGAAAUGGAAGUUAACCUUCAUCGAACAAGAGCACUUUUAGGCGAGAAAGUCAUCCGGUUAAGACAUUUAGAACAAUCAUUACAAAGAAUUUUUGAAAAAGAGAAACCAAUGGAUUGUCUAACAGUAGAAAAUAAAGAUGAUGCUACCUUAAGUGAUCUCUCUUCGCAUUCGAGUUCGGGAUUCAGCAGUACCGAUUUUGCUAGUGAUACGCACAAUUUAAACCGUCGUAAGGAUAUGUUUCAUCAAGAAUCUUCUGAAUGCAUUCAAAAUUUAGAAAUAUUGAACGUAGAAAUUAGAGAAAUAUUGGACAUUCUCAGCAAGCAGCAGGGGCAUGGUCCAUCAGUUCCUUUUGGUAGCCCUCAAAAUGAUUAUAACUGGGCCAAUCUUCUUUCGGCACCGAGUGCUGUUCCGGUGACUCCAAACGGCUCAAUCCUCGUUCAAGCGCCUCAAUCAAUUCCAACUCUAGCCGAUCGUUUGGAGACCUACCGUCAACUAGCGACUGGUCGAAUGGGAGGAGCUAUUCUAGCCGCCAACACUAUUGUAUCACAGAGUCCAAGGGCGGUCAAUUAUACAACAAGUCUUGUAGAACGUACUCGAGACUUACGUAACUGGUUGCGGCAAGCUAAAAAUGAACAUGAAAUUCUUACUGGAGUAGCCCCUUCAUCUCUGGGAACGGCUUCCACAGCAUCUGCAGCUCCAGCUGCUGGACAUCCAAUUGCAGGACGACAUCCGCACACAAAUCUCUAAUUAGGAACGUUGUUUUGUUGCUUUACAAAUAAAGCAGCAACAAAAUAGGAGACAUUCUUUGAAGAAAACCUUUGUGAGUGGUAUGUGUGGUGCCAAAUUUGUAUAUUAUUUUCUCAAAAUAAGUAUAUCCUUCUUAUGGAAAUUGUACUAAGUACCUACUACUUUCUACUAUUGUUUUUAUACACUGCAGCUAAAACUUCUUUUUUGAAAUGUGAAAAACGUGAAACGAAAAACUGUAUUCGCUUGAAUUUCAUUUAAAAAAAUUCACUUUAAUUACUACGAAAAUAAAGCAAAAAUUAACUUUUAUUUAUUAAAAUAAAAUAUUUCAAAUCAGAAAAUAUUCUUGGCCUAAUAUGAUAUUCUAAUAUUCUUUUCAAGGAAAGAUUUAUUAAAAAAAAAACUGUUUAAAAUUUUAAAUAAAAACAUUGAUUAAUACAUUGUUUUCAAGUAAAAAUAAAAAAUAUUAAAAAUUAAAUAAAUGUAUGAAAACGUAAGUUUACAAAAAUAUGUGUAGAUAUAGGUAAUCACUUCACAAUACUUGGAUUCUUAAGUGUUUAAUUUGAAAAUACAAGCCGUAACAAUUAGAACUGAUAAGAUACAAUCUAAUACUAACUUAUCUACUUACUCAGAUAGUUUAAAAGCUGAAAGCAAAUUUUUAAUUGAAAGUGAAGUGCUUUAUUUAAUUUUUUGUAUUAGUUAAUUAAUUACAAAACCUUACUUUUCGUACUAAAAUUUUACAAAAAUUACUAUUAAUUGCGCUUCUAGAGUUAGCUAACAUGUAUUAUAAUUUUCAAAAGUUUUUUUUUUGUAAUUUAAUAGUGGUACCGUAAAUUUUCUUCUAAAUAUUAUAGUUAUAAAACUCUAUAACCCAUCGUGCAUUAAACAUAAAAUAAGAAGAGAUUAUAAAUCUAUAUCAACCAAAACUUUUGGUUCCAUUCAGAAUUUCUAUUAUUGUUAAAAGAAGUUCAAAGAAUCAUUUGAGACAACAUUAAAAACGUUUUAGAAAUGCUUUCCAAUUGCUUGAAAAAUUGUUCAGUAGCAUUGCAGAAAUGUUUCUGAUUCGUUGUUAUUCGGUGUGAUUGUUUAGGGAAACAUUUCUUAAAUGUUUUUUUUUUGUUUAACAAAUGUGUAUCCAAUUUUGUGCAAGAAAAUAAACUAUUAUUGUUUGUAUUUUUAAACUUUUUUCGUUUCAUAAGUUUUGAUAAAAUGGAUAACUUCUUCGAUACUCUACAUUUUUCGCGACAUUUUUUAUUCAUUUUAAUAACCAUCCACGCUCUUUUGCAGUACAUAUGAAUAUUAUUAUGAAACAAUUAGUUUCCCAUUUCCCAUUCGGAAUGGGAAACAGCGAAACAUUUUAUAAACAUUUCAAAUGUUUCGCGCGUGUCCAAACCAAAGAAAAUAUUAUUAUAUAAUAUUUCAAAAAUGUUUAUUUGGUGUGGACACACCUUAAAAGGGCGGCAACAUUUUAUUUAUCUUUUUCCAUCUUUAUUAGCAAAAAAGUCUUUUCGUUAAAUGGGCAUUUUGUUGGUAUCAAAUUAUUUCUUAUUGUCUUAUUUGUGCUAUUUUGUUUGCAUUUAUUUCAUUUGUAUAUACAAAUUAUAAAUAUUUCAGUUUAUUUAAGCAAUAUCAACUCCUUCUGUGAAGGAAUGUUUGGUUUAAAACAUAUUGUUCGGUAUAAUUAUAUUUACUUACAGAAUUAAAUACUUAAAUGAGAAAUAGAAAAACCUUAUCUUUUAAACAUGUUAUGUUGUGAUAUAGAAUCUUAAAAUUAUUUUUAGAAAUGUUAUAUAAAAUAAAAUAGAGUUGUUAUAUUUUUAAAAUUAAAUUUCUGACUAAAUUAAAUAUAUAAAUUGUGCGAUAGUCACAUAAACGUAUCAAAACCUAAAUAUAUUAUAGAUCAUAGAAAUGAAUUGUAUUAUUGAAUAAAUUAUUUGAUUUAAUCUAAUAUGGAUAUGAAUAUAAUAAUGGUGUAUUUGAUAAUUAAAGAACAACAUUAGUAAAAUAUAAGCUAGCGACCUAAGAUAAUCUAUGAAUAGUGCUUAUAAAUACUUUUUUACAUAAAGAGGAAACGUUUAGUACUUUCACAGUCAAAACAAAAUAUUUUUAAAAUAUAUAUAUUUCACAGGCAACACAAAAUAUUUUUAAAACGAAAAAUCGCAAAUUGUGUUUAACUAAAAGUAUAGCUAUGCAGAUAACCUAAUUAUGUAUAUGCUUUGGCAAAAAUUGCAUUCAUGUACAUGCAGUUAAAAAUGUUGUUGAUAAUACUUUUUCAAAAAAUAUGCUUAAAGCUACCACUGGCUUAUUGUGUGAUCUAAGACCUACACAUGUCAUGUGCAAAAUAUUCGUAUAAAAUGUUUUAAUUUAAACACUAUUCAUAGACGAUGCUUAGUUAAGGUUUUACAGAGCUACAGCUUAGAAUAAAAUAGAUAAUUAAGUAAGAGAAUAGACGCAUUAAUUUUAGCAUCAUUGCAAAAUAAUCUAUUUAACUUUCAAAAACUUAUCGAAAUACAUAUGUCAUUUUCAAUGAAAA